AUGGAUCAGACAUACCCUGAACUGAUUUGGCGCCAAAGUACUCCAGGAGUAUGGCAGCGCACCGCGGAUGAGAUCGAGCAGUGUUAUUCGGCUCUUGCGAAGCUUUAUGAGGGGAGUGGUCUCAUGUUCUUUGCAAUUACGGGCCAUAUCUCCUUACAGAUUGAUAUCAGCAACAGAAAAGACGUUUCUGAGCCCGGAGCCAUCUUUGAUAAGGCCUUAAAGUUUGCCUGGCUCGCUCUGCGUUGCGACCAUCCGACCAUUGCCUCACAGGUUAGCGAGGACCCCGUCACUGGCAAAUGGACCAAGACCUAUCGCCAACUUCGCGACAACACGGACCAGAAAGCCUGGCUGGAAGAGACACUCGUACACACUUCUUGUGAACAAACGGGUCAGGAAUGGGCCAAUACCCAACCUCUGGCCCCAAAAAUGCCGACUCUGUUUGUCCUCAGCCCACCGUUCCAUAAGGAAGGUGUCAUUCGUCGCGACCUUGUCUUCCGCUCACCCCACGACGUAAUCGACGGGGUUGGCACCCUGAUUCUCCUAAACAAUCUUGUUGUUCAUGUUUCCAAAGCAUUUUCCGAGACCGAUGCUUGUAAAUUCCCCACCCUCAAUGGUUCCGAGGUCGCGAACCUCAGCCCGUCCUAUCGCAUUGCCGCCAACGUCCCUGCAACACUCACGAGCCAGCAAAAGAAGCGCUUAGCAGAUAUGUCUGCGCAGAAAGCAGCAGCUAUGGAUGUUUCCGAUCGACAAAUCCUCGACAUGCCUUACCGGCGCGGCGCAAUCCUCCCAGGCCUCCACCAACGCGUUGCCCGCACUCUCACCAAGGAGCAGACUGCCCUGCUCACCGCCGCGUGCAAAGCUGCUGACAUGACCGUCACCCAUGCUUUCCAUGCAGCUAUUGCACUAGUUCUCCGCGAUAUUCAAGAGCGAGGAUCCGAGGCUAAGCGCGUGCGAUACGUCAAUUACAUCCUUCGUAACGAGCGCGCAAGUUGCAAAGCGCCAUACAAUUCUCGCGAACAUCCCGCUGCCCUCUACCAUUCCGUCCCCGGCCAGAGUCUGGUAGUCGACAUGGACCUCCCCGCCGCUGGCGAUGAUCAAGUCAGCGAUGGCGAGUUUCUCCGUGUCGGGCAGAUCAUCAAAGACUUCUACCAUGGCGUCCGGAAUGACAAGGAACACUACGCCCUCGCCCCCACCAUUUGGGCUGCUGGUAUCCCGGAUGUACCUACAUCUCCCCGACCUCUUCCGGUACCCCCUCCAAAGACCCACCCUUCUGUUUCUAUCUCCAGUAUGGGUCGCGUAGACAACAUCAUUGCUCCUAAGACGGGUGUCAUUGAGGCUUACAACCCAUGGGUCACGGGGGAAGAGUUGGGAAACGGUCUAGGCCUCUUCUUGGGGACAUUCAGAGGCGAAUUGUGCCUCAGUGCUGCUUACAAUAAUGCCUGGCACACGGCAACCGACGUUAUCGACUUUCUGAAACGCUGCGAGGACGUGGUUUUUAGAGGCUUCAAUCUACAAGCCGCGUGA